AUGGAUCUGGAUAGAAUAAUUCCUAAAGGAAUUUGGAUAGAAGGAUUACACGGUAGAUCCUUUCAAAAGGUAGAAUAUGAGAAGAUCUCUUCUCUUUGCUACCAUUGUGGUAAACUAGGCCAUUUGAAGAACAACUGCACUUUGAUAAAUAAUGCUUCCUCCAAAAUAGUAACUGCAACAACAAAUGUUAAGGAGAAGAGGAUGGAACAAGGAGGUUUCAAGGAAGAUAAAAGCUCUGAAGUUAUGUUGAAAAACAGAUUCAGUAUACUUGAAGAGGAAAUACAUAACAAUGAAUUAGAUGAACCCAAUGGUGAAGACUGUAUUGCUGAAAUUAUUAAAAUUAAUCCUCUCAAGGGAGAUGAGAUGGUUACUGUUAAUUCUAAGGAGGCUAGGAAAAAAGAAGCCUCCCAUUAUUUGAAGGAAUGCAUUAAGAAGAAUGAUUUGAUCUAUGCUGGGCUUUCUGAAAUGAAGAUUUCUUCCUUUGAUAGGAAAAAUUGUGAGAAGUUCAUUGGCAACAUAUGGGAUUAUUAUUUAAUUCCUGCAGAAGGACUUUCAGGAGGACUUAUUGUUUUUUGGAGGAAGGAUCUUGCUUCCUUUUCAGUCAUGGUGAACUCAUCUCAAGCUAUUGUGGGAGUAUUUAAUAUCUUCAAUAAAGGGGUUUGGCUCAUUGCUUCUAUCUAUGGAAGUAAUGAUUUAUAUAAGAGAAGAAGCCUUUGGAAAAAUCUUGAAGAUAUUUCUAAUUCAGAAUUACCAAUUAUCAUAGGUGGAGAUUUCAACUGUAUUCUAGCUCUAGAAGACAAGCAAGGAGGUAAAAAAUUCAAAUUCUCUCAAGGGGUUCAAGAUUUGAGAAAUUUUAUUAGCUCUUUUGAUCUACAUGAAGUGAAAUUCAUUGGUCCAACUUGGUGUAAUAAUAAGAUAGGAGGAGCUAGAAUCAUGGAAAGAUUGGAUAGAUGUAUUUUGAAUUCUAUAGCCUUACAAACUAUUCAAAAUCCAGUUAUAAAACACCUUCCUAGAUUAGCAUCCGAUCAUUGCCCCAUUUUAUUAAAUCUUAUAAAUCCUGCAUAUAGGAAAAAUUCAAAGAUUAGAUAUGAAGAAGUUUGGUCUUCAUAUGCUGCAGCAACUGGAAUUGUUAACAGCUCUUGGAAUAAAAAUAUGAAUGGAGAUCCAGUCAAUGCUUUGAACAAGAAAUUUAAAAGAGUGUUAAAGGCUCUUUAUUAUUGGAGUAAAUCAAAACAUCAGGAUUUGAUGGUGUUAAAGGAAAAUCUGUUAAAAGAAAAUUUUGAUUUGCAAACUGAAGAAGCAGAAGCUGGAGGGCUGUCCAACAAUAAGCUACAGCAGCUGAAGUCUAAAAUUCAUGAGCUGAAUAUUAAUUUAUCUCGGCUUAACACAUGGUGGAGGCAAAGAGCUAAGACAAAAUGGUUGGUAGAAGGUGAUUCAAGCUCUAAAUUUUUCCAUCUAUAUGAAACUGGAAGGCGGAACUCCAACUGGAUUCAUCAAAUUAAGGAUAAAGAUGGAAUUGUUACUGAAGAUCAAAGUCAAAUUGAAAAAAUCUUUUAUGAUUUUUUCAAAAACAAAUGGAAGGAGAAGGAUUGCUUGUUGACAGGUUGGCCAAAACCUUUCAACAUUUUGAAUGAAGUGGACAAAAAAAUUUUGGCUAAAGAAUUCAGGAAAGAAGAACUUGAAGAAGUGGUUAAACACCUUGAUUCCAACAUCUCUCCAGACAUAGAGCAAGCCUAUGAUAGUAUGGGAUGGUCUACACUUAUCCAAGUGUUGAAGAAUUUGGGUUUCCCUGAUAAAUUUGCUAAUUGUCUUAUUCAAUGUGUUACUGGUUCCAACUUUUCUAUUAUAAUUAAUGGUAACAACACUGAAUGGAUCAAAGCUGAAAGAGGGUUCAGACAAGGUUUCCGCCUAUCUCCAUUCCUUUUCAUAUUAUGUUCUCAACUACUCUCGGAUGCAGUUAUGCUCAGUAGGAAGGAAUUGGGUAUCAAAGUAGCUCCUAAUGCUGAAAAAAUUACCCUUCUUUUGUAUGCGGAUGACAUAUUACUGCUCUUGGAAGCCAAUAGAAAAAAGGUGAAGGCAGCUAAAAAGAUGUUGGAACAAUACAGUAAAUGGACAGGUCAAAUGAUCAAUGUUCAUAAAUCCUCUAUUUUAUUGGGGAAUUCGGUCCACAAAAGGAGAGGUAGGAGAUUGGCUAAAAUUCUGAAUUUCAAGGUUGAAAAAAGUCUCAAAUAUCUGGGAAUCAAUAUUGCGUUGAAAAAAGCUUCACGGAAUGAUUUCCUUCAUUUGAAUAUUUUACUUCUAAAAUCUGUUUUAUCUUCAUUAUCAAUAUAUCACAUUUCUCAUUCUUUAGUUACCGUGGGAAUACUAAAGGAUUCAGACAUAAUGAGUAGGGACUUUUUGUGGAAUAAAUCUGAUGGUAGUAAGGGACUACACUAUGUAUCAUGGGAUGUUCUUUGCAAACCUGUUAAAAUGGGAGGGCAAGGUAUUCACUCUAUGGCAUCCAAGGCUGGUACACUUCGGGCAAAAUAUGCAUGGAAGAUGAUUUCUGGUUCUAAUUCUCAACCCUACAGAAUUUUGAGAGUUAAAUAUGGUAAUAAACUUUGGAAUUUUCAGAUUAAACAACAAAGUUCUCCAUCAAUUAGAAUUAUAUAUCAUGGUUAUAAAGCUCUUAAAGACAUUUUAAGAUGGAAGGUGUCUACAGGAGUCAAUAUAAACAUUAUUCAUGAUGUUUUGAUUUAUGAUAAAUCUAUAUCCAGUUGGCCAACAUUUGUCAAUAACAUAGAACCGAAUUUUCAAAAUCUGGAUUUCUUUAUUGAUAGAGGCGAAUGGGAUACAAAUAAACUGGAAUUAUUCUUCUGA